CGGUAUGUUUUUAUUAGCUAGUAUAAUUACGUAGUAAUGCCGUUAUGUCAAAGAGCAGCAAAACAGAUUCCAACCAAAGCCGGGGAGGACGACUGGCUCGUCGUGCUCGGUCUUUCAAGGAUGACUUUUUGGGUCGGUUAAAUCAGAUGAGGAGUCCUGCUGGAACAAGGGCAGCUUCCCCAUCUAAAACCACCAAAAGUAAAGUUAAAGUUCCACCAGAAACUCGAGAAGAAUCUCCUUCAAAUCGUCCAGGAAAAGAAAUAGAUACUAUUUUACGAUCAGUUCGUCUAUUGUCAACAGAUUUAAGAUAUUUUCAAGAUGUCGUUGAAAAAAACAUUCUUGAAAUGCUUCCAGGUUCAGCUACUGUUGUUCUAGAAACAGUUUUAACUAUUCAUUCUGUUCUUAGAGAAUCUUUGGUGAAUGAGCAAAGUUCCUUGAUGCUAUCUGCUUCUAAUCAAGUGUACCAAACGCUGGCAAAUCUUAUCCGUUGGUCUGAUAACAUUUUGCUUUAUGGUGAAAAAGCGGCAGAAAAAGAAAAUGUUGGAGAGAUUGUUCAGUCUGUUCAUGAUGCUGUGAAGAGUUUAGUUCAGUUGUCCCUUGAUCGUCUUCAACAUAAAGAUUCAAGAAAUUCUAAUGAAUUUACUGUACAACAGGGAUUGUCUUCUUCAAAACCAGAAAGCCCUCACAGAAGCUCUCUUCCUGACAUACCACUAACACCUCGUGAGCGAGAAAUUCUUGAACAGACAAAGAUUACAGAUUCAUCUAUAAUGUCUCAACUACAUCAUUCUGCAUCUUCAGACAGUAUUUUAGGAUCAUCAAGUAUUAUUAGAGUUAGUGAAGUUGUCGAGCCACCUCCGAAACCUCCUCUUCCAGCAUUCAGGGAUAGAAUUGCAGCUGAUAAUAAUUCAAGCUUUGAAGAUUCCUUGCUUAGUUGUAACUUUCAUCUAGAUUCUGCACCACCUUUGCCUCCAAAACGAAAAGUCAAUGCAAAUGUUAUCAGUUCUGAACAGUCACGAAUAUUUCCUGUGAAUGAAUUUAGCACCUUAUGUGGUAGUUGUGGAUCUAUCAAUACAGAAUUUAAUUCUUUAUGCACUAUUGACUGGACUAGUCCUUGCAGCCAAUCCCCAGAAAAUUUAACACCAAUCAGUAAAUCAUCUGCCUCAAGUUUAGAUUCAAAUCUGAAUAAUUCUGUUGAUGAUUUAUCUUAUACUAAAUUCAAGUAUCUGAAAUGCUCUGAGGCUCAAGAUUUUACAUACACAAAGCAGCAUUUCCUUCCCGGUUAUUCUUCCCAAACAUACAACUGUGAGUUGUCCUCAUAUUCUGCUACACUGACUACUACCACUACGUCCAUUUCUUUGCAAUCCAAUGAUGUACAGGAAAGUGCUCAAGAUUUAGUAACAUCAAUGAAUGAGAUUAGUGUCACAAAUAGUGAGGUAACAUAUCGGGUUUCAAGCACCCAAGGUGAACCUCCCGCAUUACCUGUUAAGCUACGCAAGUUAAGAAAUAAUACACUGUCUCAAUAUGAUAAUAUGCCUCAACUCUUAGUAUCUGACCUAGAUCUGGAGUCGGACGGCCAUAGUCCUCAAUGCCCACAUGUACAUAGUCCACAGAGUUGGAUAGGUAGUAAUCAUGUUCCAAUGUGUCGUUAUCAUCAGUUGAGUGGAGAAGAAAAUGGAAAACCACCACCUUUGCCUCCAAAAGAAAAAACAAUUAAGGCUUAUAUGCAGAUGUUUGGCAGCUACUCUCAACCUUCAGAAUCUGAAUUUCUUCGGCACUCUGUUCACACUUAUAAAGUUGUUCAAGCCAACUGGCAACAAAUUGAGCUUUCUUUAAUGCACCAGCAAUCCUAUAAUAGCAGCUGUGUUGUUAACUCAGAAGAAUCUUCAUUAUAUGAUGGUUAUAAUAUGCAUAUCAAUUCAUCAAAAGGAAUUAAGGAAGUCACAUCCUCCCAUCCCCCAAGUAUACCUCCCAAAAAGAAUAGGGUAAUCAAUAAUGCUCAGACAUAUUCCAAGCACAGUGAGAAUUCCCUUUUAUCACCAUCUUCUCAACUAGCUGUAGGACUUCCUGAGGAAAAUACCCCUGCUGUAGCUUAUGGACAAAAAGUUGAAGAAAAGACCUUUUUACCAUUGUCUGACAGUAGCGCUGAAGCUGUAACUGAUAACCAAGGAGCCCUAGAUGAAUUAGAUCCGACAGAAUAUCUCAUUAUGAAAAAAAGUGGGGAAGAAGGGCCAGAUUUGAGAGGUGGUUCUGUUGAUUCUUUAAUUGUCCAUGCAACUAGAGCAUCUAAAAAUGAUUUUUUGUAUCAAGAAGCAUUUUUAACCACAUAUCGUACAUUCAUCUCACCUUUUGAUCUCAUUUGCAAGUUGUUGUACAGAUAUAAUAAAUUUAUUCAUGUUGCUGAUAUGAGGCAAAGAGCUGCUAGGAAUGCGUUUGCUUUACUUGUUAGAGUAGUUGAUGAUUUGUGUCUCACUGAUGUUAAUGAAGAAGUUUUAAAAAUUUUAAUGGAUUUUAUAGCCCAACUUGUUAGUCGUGGAGAUUUACUGCUUGCUCGAGCGCUGAGGAAAAAAGUUGUAGAAAAAUGUGAUUUGAAACAAAGAAGUCUCUUGAAUGUUCCAGUACUUUUGUCUUCAAUGGCUGUAACAACUCACAAAGCUUCUCUUCUGGAUUUCAAAUCUGAAAGUAUUGCCGAACAAAUGACUGUGUUAGACGCAGAUCUCUUUCAGAAGAUUGAAAUUCCAGAGGUGCUUCUUUGGGCAAAAGAACAAAAAGAAGAGCUUAGUCCAAAUCUUACUACAUUUACAGAGCAUUUUAAUAAAAUGUCUUAUUGGGCCCGAUCUCGAAUUUUAGAGCAGGAGGAAGCAAAGGACCGAGAAAGAUACGUCGUGAAAUUUAUUAAAGUUAUGAAAUACUUAAGAAAAUUAAAUAAUUUCAAUUCAUACUUGGCUAUACUUUCUGCCUUAGAUUCAGCACCUAUUAGGCGUUUAGAGUGGCAAAGAAAUAUUACAGAGGGCCUAAAGGAAUAUUGUGCAUUAAUUGAUAGUUCAUCAUCAUUUCGUGCAUACAGGCAAGCCUUAGCUGAAACAGGCCCACCAUGCAUCCCAUAUAUUGGCCUUAUUCUCCAGGAUCUAACCUUUGUACACAUUGGAAACAGUGAUAUAUUAACAGAAGAUACUGUGAAUUUUUCAAAAAGAUGGCAGCAGUUUAAUAUAUUGGAGAACAUGCGGCGCUUUAAAAACUGCCAAUAUCCAAUUAAAAGAAAUGAACAAAUCAUAUCAUUUUUCAACAAUUUUGAUGAUUAUUUGUGUGAAGAAGCUAUGUGGCAAAUUUCAGAAACUAUAAAACCCAGAGGUGGAAAGAAAAAAAGUUGUGAUCAAUCUUAGGUGAUCUAAUAGCAUUUUCUUCUUCAUAAAACAAAGUGCCUGUGUAGCAUUUGGUAUCUUAAUUUAUAGUCAUAUCAUAUGUAAUAUAUUUUUACUGUAGUACAUAUGAAUGCAUCAGUGC